GUUUUCGUCUUCUUGUGUAAGGUUCAAAAAUAUUUUUUUAUUGUUCAUAUUGCAAGUUCACGACGCCGAAUGUUUAAACCGUAGUGGUAGUGGUGUACUUUACCUCGUUAUCACCGGGGAAGUGCGAUAUGGAAACAGCAGGAUCUCAUUUUCCUGUGGAGUCGGGAGCAUUAAAUACGCAGGAACGCUUCAAUUUGGAAGAGGUCGAAGAAGUGAACUGGUUUCGGGACGUAGGAUUAGAUCAUGUGAUAGAACCAUUCCUGAGUGGGAAUCAGAUCCCCGAAGAGGAUGUCGAUGAAGCAGUUGGAAUGCUACCGCCUCAUUAUCAGGCAUCUGUGAAAAAACGCGUUGCGACUUUGAAUGAUACAUUGGCUUUAAAGAAGAAAGAACCAAGACCUCACAUUCGAUCCAUUUUCGUCCCCGAGAAUCUGUUGGAUAUCCCUACUCGCCCUCGUUCAUUAACUGACGAAAAACUUCAUGCGGCUGAGCACAGUUCACGUGCCGACGAUGAAAGAGAUUUUGCGUUUGGUCCUGACCCUUACUUGGGUUUCCGUCUCAUUCAUCACCCGUUACGCAAGCUUUCAGAAAACCAUGAUUCGCAUCUGUUUUCCAAGAAUUUGUUUCCGAAGAAGAGCAAACAUUCAGCUAGUGGAAUUGUUGCUCGAGGAGCAGGAGAAGAAGGAAUCGAGUCUCUCAAGUAUAGUCCGAAGGGAACAAUGUAUAAACGUCCUCGGCCCAAGCAUGAGGGAAACAAAUCUGAAGCUGUACAGUCGAGUGGUGAUGCAUCCCAUAGUUUCCAAAACCAUAUACGAGACCUGGAAAUGUCCUUCCGCGACGUAGCUCUUCAGGAAGCAAGUCUUGAUCAUGUAGCUGAGGGAUUGACGCGGAUUGACGACCUUGGUGCAAUCGAUGUGAAUACUGUGCGCCGCAUUGCUUUUCUCGAACUCACAGCUAUCUUCGACCGCAAUGGCGUAAAAUUUUCUCAUAAACAUCCGAAAUUUCCCAAGCGGAAGCAAGUCAAGAAAAAAGAUGAAAAGUCAUCAGAGCUUUGGGGACUGGAUCUACUCACUCUGGUAGAACGCGACUGGGAACGGGGUCUCCUUGAUUCGUCCGAAGAGUGUGUUCCAGUUGUUCUCCAGAAGAUAAUCAAGUGUCUCGAACAAGUCGGAUACCAAACUGAAGGUAUAAUGCGGGUCAGUGGCAACCAGAGCAAAGUGGAUGCUCUGAAGACGUGUUUGGAAAAAAACCUGUAUUCUAAUACAGCCGAGGCAGAAAACGGACUCUGUCAAGCCGGCCCUCACGAGCUGUCCUCUCUCUUCAAAAUGUUUUUGCGAGAUUUGCCUACACCGUUGAUUCCACCGGAACUGACGGACCUCUUUCUCAAAGUUCUAGAUUUGCACUCCGCAAUCGACAUGACUCGUGCUGCGAAUUUGCUGGUGUUGCUGCUUCCGGUGGAAAAUGUGUGCUGUUUGCGUUGCGUACUAAAAGUAUUGAAGGGCAUCUCCGGUGAGGAAGAUGCCAAUAGGAUGAGCCUAAGCAGCAUUUGUCACGUGAUGGCCCCGAACUUAUUCGUUUCCCCCAAGUUGGCCCAAAGUGGUGUGAUGGAAGUUCAAAUGGCGACCGCAGCGAAAAGUAGCCUCGUACUUCAGCAGAUGGUGAAACUCGGCGAAGUUAUCGAUUUGGUUCCACCAAGUUUAAUGUACGUGAUGAGAAGGCAGCGGGACAGUUUUCUUCAUCGAAAAGCUGGCAAUAAAACCUUGGCGACUCCAGCUGGGUCAGAUCAGCAUCCAGAUCUUGGAGGAAGGGUGUUGGCGAUUGGUGCAACUAUCAAUGGAGGUGCUCCUGUGCCGACGAGAGUUACUCGCGAAUCUACUGCGGGCCACGUUGUUCAUUCGGUUUUGGAAGCAGUGAUGAAUAAGCUGGACCUGAAUCGUUGUGCUCGAGAUCGUCAAGAUGGUCGGCGAAGACGAGUGUUGAGUGACUUGACGAAUGAGUACCCUGUCAAGUGCUUAUUGGCUGCAGCGAAUCCUGACAUAGCCCGUCGCACGCAUUAUCUCAUUGAAUGUGGUGGCAAUUUAGGUGAGCGUCGAUUGCCUCCUGAAGCAAAUGUUUUCGCCAUCCUCGAAAUCAACCCUAGAUGCGAGUUCUUCGUCAGAUGCGCUCACAGACUGGGAAACUCAGUUCCGACCUCAUCGAACCCGGCCGGCAAAGGAAAGCAACAAGGACGUUGAAGGCUCCUUUUUUGUUGCUUUCGUUUUCUCGGUUUUAGAAUUCCGUGGUCUCAUAUCGCGGCUGAAGAUCGCAGCAGUAUUCGUAGCUCGUUUUUACCAUUAAUAUACAUUCCUUUUUGUAAUGUGUGUUGUGCGACGUACAUUCAGCAGAGAAAAGCUUGGAUAUCGGUUGUUCGGGUUGUCGAACGAUCGGGAGUUACUUUAGACGAUUGCCUCCAGGCACUGGUGGUCUUCUGCUUUAUUUAUUAUAUUUUUGGAGGUUGUAUUUUUGUUCUCUUCAGUUUAGGAGAAGUGCAUCGACGCGUUUAUUCGUGUUCCCCGUCAAGUAUUGUGAAUAAUCCUUGAUUUUUUUUUCAAAUAUUUUCUUACACCGUUCACUUUUGAAGGAGAUCGUCGGUAUGUGAAGUCUGUCGGAAAAUUUUGAUUUUUCACCAUAUCGCAUUGGUGGUUUGUGACGGAGAUUCGGAUACAUCGGGUUGUCGAGAAUUUCAUGCAUUCAAGGUCUUUUGUGCGGCUGUGAUCGACGAGCCAAUUUCUUCUGCAAAUAUCCCUGUCGCGAAUGGCGUAUAUUCUCGGUAAACGAAUACAAAACAAAAAUGGGAGCAUUUUUCUAAACGCAUCAGCUGAUGUUUCACGAGCAGCGAAUAAAUUGUGAAGCAACGAAGUACGGAUGUAUGAUGUCCCCACAGUGUCUGUGUUCGUCGAUGUCUUCCUAGGUGCGUUCGUGUGUGGUUGUGCGGUGAAGUGAAGUGGAAUGAUUUUUGUGUGAUUAUAUUCCGAGCUCGCUGCAUUCCGUCGUGGUUGUACUCCAGUCCUGAGCAUUCGUUUUCUCUGUUCUGGAAACUUUUUUUUCCGACCGGGAAAAAUGAACGGAGAUCGAAGAGACAAUAAAAAGUAUUCAAUUAA